UGGGGGAGGGAGAGAGACUGAAACAAACUGCCCUGCUAGCGUGUUUAUCUGCUAUCGGAUCGCUUGAUUAAUCUAUCACGUUUAAUAUCGACGGCAGGUGCUUAACGUGGGACUUCAAAUGCCCGACGCGAACAGCAACUCGGCCGGAGCUGUUACUCGCUGAGCGUAAUUUGUCAUCGAGUGACUUAUCUCGGGUUUGUUCGCUUGCGCGUGAGCGGCGUCCGUGAAACGGCCGAAGUAAAGUUGUUUACGGGGUUAUUUUGGAUGCCAGAUCGUUUGUUUUCGGAAUAUGGCUCAGCAUGGACACCGUCGUGUUGCGAGUUCCCAAAAAGCUUUAAUGUUGGAGCUGAAAGGUCUCCAGGACGAGCCAGUUGAAGGCUUCAAAAUAACUUUAGUCGACGAGUCGGACUUGUACAACUGGGAAGUCGCGAUUUUCGGACCCCCUAAUACGCACUAUGAGGGGGGUUAUUUUAAGGCACGUAUCAAAUUCCCCAUCGACUACCCGUACUCUCCCCCUGCCUUCAGAUUCCUCACCAAGAUGUGGCAUCCCAACAUCUAUGAGAAUGGCGAUGUAUGUAUUUCCAUACUGCACCCCCCGGUGGACGAUCCCCAGAGCGGGGAACUGCCGUCAGAGAGGUGGAACCCAACACAGAAUGUGAGGACAAUCUUACUGAGUGUUAUCUCGCUGCUGAAUGAGCCCAACACCUCCUCGCCUGCCAACGUGGACGCCUCCGUCAUGUACCGCAAAUGGAGGGACAGUAAGGGGAAGGACCGCGAAUACGCAGAGAUCAUCAGGAAGCAGGUUCUAGCCACCAAAGCCGACUCGGAGCGGGACGGGGUGAAAGUGCCCACCACACUAGCCGAAUACUGCAUCCGUACCCGCGCCCCACCUGCCGACGAGGGCUCCACCUUAUUCUACGAUGACUACUAUGAUGAUGAGUUAGAUGAUGAUGAAGAGGAAGAUGAGGACUGUUGCUAUGAUGAAGACGACUCUGGGACUGAGGACUCUUGAUGAGGAGCAGCCGAGCUCUCCGCUUCCGGUUUUCAGUUUGGUUUUGUAGCUUUUAAAUCAAGUUAAAAAGGACUUUUUCAGUUUUUGUAGAUCUGAGAUCCCAGACAUCACCAAGGGCGAGAGGUGAUUUGCUUAGAGGUUAUGGAUCCCGAUGAAUUAAUUGAAAGUCUGUUCAAGUAGCAACCAAAUGCUGGAGUCAACUCCAAGCCGAGACGCUUGGGGGGGGGGGUUUGUUUUUGUUUUAUUUCUUGUUGUUUUGGGGGGGCAGGUUGAGUUCGCCCCAUCAGUGCGAAACAGCCCAGCUCAUGUUUAUUUGAUUCUCGAUAACUCGCCUUUCAGAGGCACCUGAUCUCAGGUUUCAGUGUCUGUGAUUCAACAGUGUUGGCGUCUUUGGUGGGGGG